AUGGUCGCGCACGCCGUCUCCGCGCUUCUCGCGCUCGCCGCGAUCUCGGCGCACGCGCAGGCCGCCGUUUACAGAUGGAUUGCGGCCCAGAAAGAGCGGUGCGAACACCCAGCCUUCGAGGAGAGGGAGGCGGUUCGGCGCGAACCUCGUGAAACUGUGGUCCAGCAGUGGGCAGACCACCUCGCCGUUGCCGAGUCGGGCCGCCGAACCUUGGAUGCGCUCGCGCCGACCAUAGAAAGGUGGCUCGAGCGCCCGCACGGGUACCUUUCCUUCCAUUUGGUGCAGGUGUUGACCGGGCACGGAUGCUUUGGCUCAUAUCUGCACCGCAUUGGGAGGGAAGAGACGCCGUCCUGCCACGCGUGUCGUGGCGGUGCGGAGGACACGGCGCACCAUACCCUUGCGGUAUGUGCGGCGUGGGCUCCGCAGCGCAAUACGCUUAUCGCGGCGGUAGGCCGGGACCUUGUGCUGCCCAGUAUAGUCAAAGCUAUGCUGGACAGCAACGAGGCCUGGGUGGCAAUGGCAUCCUUCUGUGAAGACGUGAUGUGUCAGAAGGAAGCCGCGGAGCGAGAGCGCGAGGAUGAUCCAAACGCGCCCUCGCUCCGGCGACGGCAUUAUUACGACGAUUGCAAAUAA